AUGUCUGCUUCUUCUUGUUCUUUAUUUAAUCUCCCUUUGAUUCGCCUCAGAUCUCUCUCCCAUUUCCCUCUCUCAUCGCUCCGAUCCGUUUCCGUUCCCAUUUCACCGAGAAAGUUUCGAGCUUUCUCCACAAUGACAGAUUGUAAAGAUGCUGGAAUGGAUGCUGUUCAGAGACGCCUCAUGUUUGAGGACGAAUGCAUUCUUGUUGACGAAACUGAUCGUGUUGUGGGGCAUGACAGCAAAUAUAAUUGUCAUCUGAUGGAAAAUAUUGAAGCUAAGAAUUUGCUUCACAGGGCCUUUAGUGUAUUUUUAUUCAAUUCCAACUAUGAGUUGCUUCUCCAGCAAAGGUCGAAAGCAAAGGUGACCUUCCCUCUCGUGUGGACAAACACUUGUUGCAGCCAUCCUCUUUACCGUGAAUCAGAGCUCAUCGAGGAAAAUACACUCGGUGUGAGGAAUGCUGCACAGAGAAAGCUUCUUGACGAGCUUGGUAUUGUAGCUGAAGAUGUACCAGUGGAUGAGUUCACUGCCUUGGGACGUAUGCUUUACAAGGCUCCUUCUGAUGGCAAAUGGGGAGAGCACGAACUGGACUACUUGCUCUUCAUUGUGCGGGAUGUGAAGGUUCAACCAAAUCCAGAUGAAGUAGCGGAAAUCAAGUAUGUGAGCAGGGAAGAGCUGAAGGAGCUUGUGAAGAAAGCAGAUGCAGGGGAGGAAGGUCUCAAGCUAUCUCCAUGGUUCAGAUUGGUGGUGGAUAACUUCUUGAUGAAGUGGUGGGAUCAUGUUGAGAAAGGGACUUUGAGUGAAGCUAUUGACAUGAAAACCAUCCACAAGCUCUGA